UCUUCUAAGAAGCCAUGUAAUAAAAUGUUUUGGUUUGAAUUUUAGUCUUUAUUUGUUGCUUAUGACAUCACCUGCUAUUUGUUAGGUGUGUUCCUUUCAGAUAAGGAAUGUUACCUGCUCAUAUGAGACUCAUAGACAAAUAAAGCACAGAAGAAGAAAUAGGUAAUUUUAAGUGCAAGUUCUUUUGGUGUUACAAGGGCUACAAAAAAGGCUUAAAUGCAGACACACUGCCAGAUCUGUGGGAGAACUCAGGUUGUACCACUUGUGUGUGAUAGAUGAGAGAGGAGAAGAUUGUGGGCUUGGGGGCACGAAAUAAAAUCUGGUAUAAAUAAGGAAGGGAAAACUCACUAGUGGUUUGGAGGUGAUUACAAGAAGCUUAAGCCUGAUCACAUGGAUGAUGAGUUUGGCAGCAACAUUGGUUGGUGCAGUGGGAGUCAAAAACCAGAGUGUAGUGGAUACAACGAAUAAAGCAGGAUUUUCUACAGUAUAGUUACCAUUAAUUUUUUGACUGCAGCAUUUGUUUUAGGAACAUUUUGCUGGGAUCUGUCGUAAAGCUUUCAAAUAAGAAUUUAAGCAUAUUUAAGCCAGUUUUUUAGUAGUUUUUAUAAAACAAGCUCCUACUUUGUAUUAAAUAUAAAUGCACUCUUUCAAAAAAAAUCUGUCACACAUAAAGUUAUCUUUUUAUGAAACUGUGAAGCAAACUCUUCAGUUGUGCUCUACUAGACAUGCUGAAAAGCUUUGGAAGAUAAUGAACUUAGACUGCUGGGUUACCUGCACACAAAUCAGAUUUGACUUAACUAAUCACACUUCUUCAAGAAUUUAGCUUUCAUGGGAAUAAUUAAACAAGUACCAUUCCUGUCAUUUAUUUCUUCCUUGGGAUCUUUCUUUAAUGAUAGUCAAAUGCAUGUUUAUUGCUGGGAUAUUUAAAAAUUAAAUCUGAAAUGGUCAGUUCUGUGAUACAAUCUGAGUAUUUUUUCACAUACUAUUUUAACACAAGCAGAAGCUUUUUGUGGCAUUCCUUGAAUGUCUGACAGCUGGGGUUUGAGAAUGUUGUCAGCUCUUUGAGGAAAUCCAGAGGUCAGGACUGAAGGAUUAUUCUAACUCUUGAGCUAUUCCCAUCCACUUAUAGUUUUUUCUCUAUCAGCAGUACAAAGUGACCCAAUACCAGAUCAGUUAUAGUUUUUUCUCUAUCAGCAGUACAAAGUGACCCAAUACCAGAUCAGUUAAAGAUGUAGGAAUAAAGGAGCCUGUUUCAGCAGCACUGUAGUGUCUUUUCUCUAUCCACCGCUCUUUACUAUUUUUUUUGUUUUGUUUUUUUGUUCAUUUGUCCUAAAGUUAUAGGGGAAUAAGAAAGAGCAUGAUAGCACAGUAAUCACAAGCAUCACUUGUUUUGUUUUUUUGUUCAUUUGUCCUAAAGUUAUAGGUGAAUAAGAAAGAGCAUGAUAGCACAGUAAUCACAAGCAUCACUCCUUGGAGCUUUGGGAGUUUUUUAUGCAGGCAAUAUAAACUACCUUGUGUGAAAAUGUUUUGUUACAGAGUUACCCUAGGAUCUGGGAGUCACAUCCUCAAACAGGGUGGAGAUCUAGACUUUAAAAUUCAAGAGUACAGAGAUUCUGGGAAGAUGUUCACUCAAAGUCAAGUAAUAGACUGGUUUAUACAGUUGUUACUCGGAGUCAACUAUAUGCAUGAAAGACGGAUACUUCACAGGGAUUUGAAAGCCAAGAACAUAUUUUUGAAAGAUAAUCUUCUUAAAAUUGGAGACUUUGGAGUUUCUUGUCUUUUGAUGGGUUCAUGUGAUCUUGCAACUACUUUCACUGGGACACCAUACUACAUGAGUCCAGAAGUACUGAAGCACCAGGGAUAUAAUACAAAAUCUGACAUUUGGUCUCUGGGAUGCAUUUUGUACGAGAUGUGCUGUAUGAACCAUGCAUUUACUGGACAGAAUUUUUUGUCUGUUGUGUUAAAAAUUGUGGAAGGUGAAACACCUUCUCUUCCUGAUACAUAUCCAAGCAAACUGAAUGCUGUGCUAUGCAGCAUGUUAAGUAAGAAUCCUUCACUGAGACCAGCAGCAGCAGAGAUCCUAAAAUCCCCUUAUAUUGAUGAGCAACUACAGAAAAUACAGUACAAGUUCACAAACAUGACUGUGAAAGACAAGGCACAUAACUGUCAGAAAGAAACUGCUCCUAUUUUUGGUGCUGUGCAGAAGAAAGUUCAUUUGCAAACUCUGCAGGAACUUUCUGAAGUUCAGAAAAUGACACCGCGUGAACGAAUGCGGCUGAGGAAGUUAAAUGCUGCAGAUGAGAAGGCAAAGAAGUUAAAGCAGCUGGCAGAAGAAAAAUACCAAGAAAAUAUCAAAAGAAUGCAAGAAUUCAGGUCCCGUAAUUUUCAGCAGCUGAAUGUCAAUGUCCUACAUGAAUCUGAUGAGCAGACUUCAAAACACCUCAUUCAUUCUCAGCCAGCCACUAUGAGCAACUAUGUGUCCUCAGGACAGGAUGAACCAAGAGGGAAUGGGACAAGUGAACUCGGCAUGUCUGAACUUACAGACCAUGAGAUCCCUGAAGACCCAGAAAUUGCAGAAGAAUAUUAUAAAGAUGAGUUUGAAUCCUGUUCAGAGGACAGUGAAGAGGAGGAAGAGGCAGAAUUGUCAUGGACAGUCUCUAAGACAAAUCACCAGGACAGUGAUAUGGAGGCAAUGGUUGAGUAUCUGGAGAGUGUCCUGAAUAGCAGCUCAUUGGGCUCGAAGACUGUCACCAGUGUGUCUCCAGGGGUGCCCCAGGGAUUCAGAGCUCUCAACAGCACAAUGGCUGAGACCAGGCUGAAACGCAUGAGGGAAUCUGCCAUUGGGAAGCUGGGAGUGGAGGCAUUUGAGGCGGUGUACAGUUGCCUCAAGCAAGCAAGAAAGCAGAAUGCCAGUGAGGAGGAGAUCAGGAACUGUCUGGAGAAACUGGUUUCUAGAGCAAGUGAUUGCUUUGAAGUGGAUCAGCUGCUGUACUUCGAGGAGCAGCUACAGGCAUUAGAGCCACAUCUCCAGCUGUAACAGUGUGUCUGCAACAGCUGGGAGUGGCACCGAGGGGGAAGAGGCCUCCUUCAGGCCAGCAGGCAAUACAGGAGUGUCGCCGGCUGGGGGCUGUGUACAAAUCACCAACAGGACAGGACUGCUAAGGAACGCAUCUCAAGCUGUUUUGUUUUCUAGCAUCAGUCUCAUUGCACGGCUAUGACAAUGGGAAGAUGCCAGCAGCUCACAUCUGCGGCAGCAGACAAAGAACUUAAUGUUACAAAUAAAUUUAAAAGUUUUUUCAACCAAUCACACAAAGCAAAAGAAUAUUGACAGUAGUUCUGUCCAACCACUAUAAGCACACAUACCAUCAGUUAAAACAAUGCUUGCUUAUUUAGAAUACAAUACAUGAUUGUAAACCUUAAGAUACAAUGUGCAGAGCUCUAUUAUUAAGCUUAGAACAUCCUAAUAUCUUACUAGAUAUACUUUUCUGUAGCUUAGGGAGUUAUUCUGAGCAUUAAUACACAGACCAUUGUUCUAUUUGUCCUUACUUUUCUACUUCUUAUAUAAUUUUGCUGCUGACCAAUCUUAUGGCUACUGCUUAGCUCCAAUUGCAGUUCUGCUCUCUUUGAGGCCUGCCUUUUGCAGCUUUCCCAAAACCCUCUGAUUUUAAAGAUUCCCACACAGGAGGUAUUUGGAGGACACUGCUGAAGGUAAUGUAGUACCUAAGCAUGUGGGUAAGCUCCAUUUGAGAGUCCAGACUGCAGUGAGAAGUGGGUAAAUAUGGCACUAAUUUCAGGGGCAGGAAGAAGAACAAAUGUUUGUGACAGUGGAGCGAGGAUUCACAGUUACCUAUGUCCCCUUCUUCUGCCACUUAAAGCAAAGGAAGGGUGUUCUGGGCCGUGGCUGGAUGCCAGUCCUGCACUCAGAGCAACACUGGCAAAGCUGCCUUUGAUGGAAUGAUGCAGGAUUAGACUCCAGCUGCUGUUGAUUUCUGUGCUAACUCAUCCUCAUGAUACUUAAGCCCCUGAUUUUUGUAAUUUGGCAGAUUUACUCUUAAACAAAUAUGUAUAUGUAUGGCCACACAGCCCCUAAUUGUCUUGUUAUUUUUGGUUGUUCAAAAGGGCUGCAUUUAAUCUGAGCUUCAGGGGAACUGUGGACAUACAUACGUAUGUGCAUAUUUAUAUACAUAUAUGCAUGUUCACAUACACAGUGAUAGUGUGUAUAUUCAUAAUGGCAGAAGUAUGUCUGGUCAUACACUGUACUUGUCUAAAGAGUUUUGGAUUAAAUUCAUUAUUCAAAAAUGGAAAAAUAAA